CUUCCCUACAACACGUUAUCAGCACGUUGCUCUAAACCUAAAUAUUUUCCGCAUCCCUUCACUCGGCUAUCACCAUCCUUAGCCGAUCUUUUAUCGUCCGCAUAAUUUUCCUUUUCAUUGAUGAACUAUUGAAAGCUUCCGUACGAAUAGAGGAGAUUCAAGCACCAAAGAUCGAACAUCCUCCAUCAACGAUCCACGUCGCCCAGCACUUGGACUUGAGAUGACUCACCCAACUGCACCCGAGUUUGACAUUCUGGACUCAGAAGGACUUGAGUACCAUAGAUGGGUUUCUGACAUAGAAACUACUUUUGUGGCUAAAGACUAUUCCGUCACGCUUGCCGACCCUGAAAGUUUAAAAGACAAUGCACCGUCUGAAAAAAUAAAGGCUGCUGCGUUAAUGUUCCUUAGACGCCAUAUUGACCCUAGCUUACGCUGGGAAUACUUACAAUUGAAAACCCCCAAAGAACUGUGGGACACACUAAAAGGUCAUUUUGGGAACAUACAUGACACAUUGCUCCCCGAACUGACAGUACAGUGGAAUGAAAUCCGCUUAGUUGACUACAAAAAGAUCAACGAUUUUAAUAAGGACAUGUUACGCCUCAAAGCGCGCCUUAAUUUCUGUGGUAAACCAAUCACAGAAGAUGAAAUGAUUGAUAAGACCCUCUCCACUUUCCCUACCUCAGCAAUUAUACUAGCGAACCAGUAUAGGUUGGAGCAUAAUAACAAAAGAAUAACCACAUUUAAUCAAUUAAUUAAUUUGCUCCAAGUUGCUGAAAGACAAAAUCAAGUUCUCUUGAAUAACAAUGCCAGACCAGUUGGGACAAAGAAAAUUCCCGAGGUCAACUAUGGCAAAGCAAACACUGGAAAGCACCCUCGUGGAAGAGGAGAGGGCCGUACUCGUGGAAGGGGGCGCAACAAUCGCGGCGGGCGUGCGGGCCGAGGUACGGGCCGUGGAGGAUCUUCCAAUGUAUGGCGAAGAGAUGAGGGUGUAGGAUCAAAUGCCCGCAAUGCAUCCGGAAAACCUUCAGCCAAACGAGAAAGAAAUGACAGAGACCCUUGCUAUAGAUGUGGAGUUGCAGGUCACUGGCAUAAGAAUUGCCAAGCAAAUAAUAAAAUUGCGGCAGCUUACAAAAAGUAUCGGGAGGCUAAAGAACAGGAAUCUCAUUUUGUGACCGACGAAGAUAACGAGGUUGACGUUAACCUCACAAUUGCUGAUUUUGGCGGCAAGAAGGACACUGUUCAGUCAGUCGAUGCACCUGACUUUGACUGAUUGAAUUUAAUUUCUUUAUCUGCUCAUGGACUGUUGAACACUUUUACUAUUUGCGUGUGGUUUUAUAUCUCUUUUGUGUUGGACACUACAUGAUUAUUAUUUUUCCCUUAAUAAUUGGAUUGAUAAUCCAAACAAUAUUUAAAUUGUGGGUUCGGAUUUAUAUUUCGUGUCCUAAUUAUACAG